CCACUAAGAGACCAUUUUCAGUCUUUGAAAAUGUUGGGACGUACACUUCUCGUGCUAGCCCUAGUGGCGGUCUGCAGCGCAUCCUCUAUUCCCCACACGGUUGUCCAUCCUAAGGAUCUUCCAAUUCAGCAUCGAAGCAUCCAGGGUCGAAUCACCAAUGGAAAUCAGGCGUCUGAAGGACAGGUUCCCUAUAUUGUGGGCGUUAGUUUGAAUGCCAAUGGAAACUGGUGGUGGUGUGGUGGGUCCAUUAUUGGUCACAGCUGGAUCCUUACUGCCGCCCAUUGUACUGCUGAGGCAAAUGAGGCUAUCCUGUACUACGGAGCCACCAACUACAACCAGCCUUCUCUAAGACACACCGUCGGCCGGGAGAACUUUAUCAUGUAUCCCGACUAUCGUGGUCUUGAUCAGGAUAUAUCUUUGAUCCGCACCCCUCACGUCGAUUUCUAUAGCCUGAUUAACAAGAUCGAGCUUCCCAGCCUGGACGACCGUUACAACUCGUAUGAUAACUCCUGGGCCCAGGCCGCUGGUUGGGGCGCCAUUUACGAUGGCAGCAAUGUGGUCGAGGAUCUCCGGGUUGUGGACUUGCGAGUCAUUUCUGUGGCAGAGUGUCAGGCUUAUUAUGGAACCGAAACUGCUUCUGAGAACACAAUCUGUGUGGAGACUCCCAACGGAAAGGCCACGUGCCAGGGUGAUUCUGGUGGUCCCCUGGUCAGUUUGGAUGGAAACAAGCUGAUUGGAGUCACCUCCUUUGUUUCCGAUUACGGUUGCCAGGUGGGAGGACCUGCUGGAUUCACUCGUGUGACCAAGUACCUGGAAUGGAUCAAGGAGGAGACUGGAAUUUACUAUUAAAUGCUUUUUAUUCAAUGCUGUUUAGGUUGGAAAGAUUUAUAGUAAUAAAGAAUGCAAUGAUA